UUCCACACGAUUUCAUGAUCUGCAGUGGAAUUCUCUGAGUCUCCUCUCAUGUCAGCAGCGUGGACAUCAGGAAAGUCACCAAACUGGGACACAGGACAGUUUUCCCUUUUCUCCCAUCAACCUCUUCCUGUUGAAGACUGGGUCAAAGGUCACAGGUGUCUUGUUUCCUCUCAAACUGUCCAUUUCCUAUUUCCAGCAAAACCUCACAUUAAGCUACAGUAAAUGGACACCAGUCCUGGUCCUGGUCCUGGUCCUGGUCCUGGUCUGAGUGAGCACUAAAACAGCAGUCUCAACACUGCUGUUCUUACUGCAGUUUAAAAUAAUAAAGUCCUACAUUCUCCUGCCUACUACCAACCUCUCUCACCCCUCUCUCCCUCUCUCCCUCUCUCUCUCGCUCGCUCCCUCACCCAGUCAGGAUAUAGGUGUUGUCCCCUGCAAAGGAAGGAAAUUCUGUCACUUAGAACAAUGGGCCGUUUCUCUAUCUAUAGAGCCAGAGGCAGCGAGAGCAGAGAGACGGCAGCCGGACCUGUCCACUCUGGAAGACCACGAACCACAGCUUACUGACACACAUGGAUAUUUAGAAAGAAGAGACGCACGUUGACGAGGGACGGGAGUCUGGAAAAUGGGACUUUACUCUGGGAAAGAAUCCUGUGAAGGUACUGGAAUACUUUGAGCCGAGGACUGGAUUCAGGUUUGGACCGACCGCCGUCAGGAACUAGAGAAGAACCGAAGGAGUCCGUGGAUGGAGGGUUCUGGAAGUCCACGCUUCAGGAAGCUGCAUUUCCCAGUGGGUCUGUGGAUCAACUCGCCCAGAAAACACUUGGCCAAACUUGGGGGGCGCUGGCCCAGCGCCCUGUCUGUCAAGUCGACCACCAGCUCUGACGCUGCCUCCCUCCACGAGGCCCCCUCCGCUCCUUCGUCUUCCCUUUCCAACUCCACCCUUUCGCUGGCUUCCCCUGCCCCGUCUCCGUCUCCCUCGCCGGCCUUCCUCAGGCCUCGGCCGGCAGGUCCACAGUCUCGUGCAAAGCGUCUUUCCCAUCUCUUCCUGCGGGGGCGCUCCAACAGCGACCGAGACCGGGCGGUGGGAGAGCGGGAGAGAGAGUUUUGGGCCCAUUCAGCUGCCCCCUCUUCACACCAUUAUCUGCCCCCGGCCUCCUCCUCAGCCCCGGGGCUGAUCAAAAUCUAUGGCGAUGCCCUGUCCAGUGGAGCCAACUAUCGCUCCCUGCUGGCCAACGUCCACUCAACAGCCAGGCAGCUCAUCUCCCAGGUCAUCAUUGCCGAUAUUUAUUUUGGCAAACGACUUUGUGUGAACUCCGUGGUCCAGAAACACAGCCCCGAGGACUUCCUGUUGUGUGACGUCAUCGGAAAGCCCAUCCAGCAACCAGACGGAGCCGUCACCUGGGAGACGGAGUGUCGGAGGAGCGUUGCCCCGUGGGAAUGUCCCUUGUUGUUAGUGGACAUGUGGCGGCCCAAGGAUGGAUUCGAGCGGCGCUUUGAAAUUCAAAGAAGGGAGGACUACGAGAGAGAGGAGAAGGAACGGGAGAGAGAGAGGGAGAAAGAGGGGGAGAGCCACCAAGGUGUGCGCUGGCGGCGUGGCAGGAUUUCAUCAGGGGGGGGGGCGGAGGAGAGCGAGCGAGGUCACAGGGGAAGGAACAGCGAGCUCCGGAGGAGCAUCAGCGACAUGAACCUCAGUCUGAGGCGUCGUCAAGGCAACCACGUCAGCGGUGACCCGCAGGGCGAUAACGGCAGAGGGUCACAGGACAGGAAGAACGCUGUGAGCAUGAUGAGCCCACAGGGGGAGGUUAGGGCGUCGAAGGUUCAGGCCAAGGUUGGGUGGACCCACCAGCCGCUGGAGGAUGAAGGAGAUGACUCCACCUGUGACCUGGAAGUGAUGUCACAGAGUUUAAUUCUUCCACCCACAGACAAGCCCUACUUCCUGCUGCUGCAGGGAUACGACCAGAGCAAGGACUUUGUCUUGUACAUCAUGACGGCCCACACACACGUGUUUGGACGGAAGCCCACCAUGAGAGAGAGAGAGAAGGACAGGGAGAGGGAGAGGAAGGGGCGGAGGCCCCCCCGGGUGGACACCCUCCUCUCUGCCCCCGACCUUCUGGCCCGACACUUACUUGUGAGACGAGACUCGGCUGUUCCUGAGACCCCCGCUGGACGAGCUCUGAUGCGACCCUUCAGGGGGGGGGCGGUGACACACAACGGAGCGGCUCUUUACAGGGAGACCGUCCUCAGACCUGGGGAUGUGAUCGGCCUGGGGGAGCAUUUUCUUUUCCUGUACCGUGACCCCCGGGUCACACCAGCGCCACCGCUGGCUUUGACUCUGCCAUGGCAGGCGGACGCCUCCGCCGGCUGUUGCCCCUCAGGACUGGUCGACAGACAGGAGGCUCUGAGGCAGUACCUGGGAUCAACAGAGGCGGUGCUGAAGUUCCACCCCCGUCAUGCAGACGCCUUGUUGCAGGAGAUCAUCUCUAAGAACUCGUCUCCAGACUCUGGUGGAGGACCACUGGCUCCAGCCUACCUCCUGUCAAUCAUGAUAGACCACGCCUCCAAACACCUGGACCCCGCCCUCACGCCCCAGAUAUUACUCAAGUCGGCCAAUUUGAUCAAAGAAAUCGUCUGGGAUAACAUUAAGGAAUUUGGGGAUAAGCAUCCCACACAGAAUUCCACAGAGCAGGAGGGGGAGAUUAGCGCCCCCAAUGUUCAGAAGCUGUCACUGGACCUGCGGCCCCUGAUGUUCUGGAUGUCAAACGCCACGGAGCUCCUCAACUUUUUCCAGGUCAAAGUUGAGAGCAUGGAGAAGGAGUGGGAGUUUGAAGCCCCUGGAGACCCAGCUCUGACGGCUGACAUGGACACCUGCUCAGAGGCUCUGGCUCAGCUGGAUGAUGUCAUCAUGCACACCUUCCAGCAGUGUGUGUAUCACCUCACCAAGACCCUGUACUCGCUGCUCCCAGCUCUGCUGGACUCCAACCCAUUCUCCAGUGAGGACCACGACAAGGAGAAGGAUGGAGACGGAGGAGCUGGAAAAGGCAGACAGGAAGGAGAGGUGGACGACGUGUCGGGUCUAUCGCCCAAGGUCGCCGGGCUGGUGGAAGUUUAUCGCUGUUCUCUCGUGCUGUCCAGGGAAGCACAUCUGUCCCCCCCCCUGACCUCCCAGACCUUUGGUUACCUCUUCUUUUUCACCAACACCUCCCUGCUCAACACGCUGCUGGAGAGAGAUGGACUGUUCUCCUGGUCCAGGGCAGUCCAGAUCAGGACCAACUUGGAUCUGGUUCUUGAUUGGCUACAAGGGGCGGGGCUAGGAGACAUCGCCUCUGAGUUUAUGAAGAAGCUGUCAGUCACAGUCAACUUCCUGUGUAUUCCCAAGACUCGCCUGAUCCAGUCUUCCUGGACAAGUUUACUAGAAGACCACGCUUCGUUAAGCCCCGCCCAGCUGCAUCAUCUACUCACCAACUACAAGCUAGGACCAACCAGAGCUCCACCAGCAUCGUGGGCUCCCCCUGUAGGCACUGAGCUGAGCGGAGACAUCUUUGAGAGCUUCCUGGACCAUCCUCCACUCAUCCUGCCAAAUGAGAAUCCACGACUCGACCUCUCUCAGCCAAUCCCAAGCCCUGAGCUCCAGAAGGAAGUGACACGUCUGCGCACCUUUUUGUGGGGACUUGACCAGGACGAGCUCCCGGCCAAUCAGAGGACUCGCCUUUGAGAUUGCCUGAGUCUGUCUCCA